CACCAAAGUACCACGUGAACAGCAAUCUACGCCAUUAUAAAGGCUGAAAAACAUACAGUUGCAUUAUUGUGAGUACGAGAUAAUUCCAGAUGUUGCAGCACCUGUCCCUCGCGUUGUGCGUCGUCGUUGUCGUUGUGGCUAAGCCACCCUACCAAAAUGAAAUCCCGAACGGCGAUAAGGUGCCACAUCCUUGUGAUACAAAUCUUGUAUGGAAUGCUGUUGGACACGGAAAUGCAGAUAUAGGAGGGGCACAGAACCUGAACCCGUUUGGAAUGGCUUUUCAGGCUGCAUCUCACACGUGGACGCAAGCUCUGUGUCAAAUGGACUCUGACAACGACGGAUUUACGAAUGGUCAGGAACUCGGUGACCCUCAGUGUACAUGGAGAGCUGGAACUGUGCCAGUCUGGCCGCCCACAGGUCACCCUGGCAUCGACGAGUCCACCUAUCCUUGUUCGCAUGCUUUCAUUGGUUGAAGAAGAAUCAUGGCGCUGUGUUUGUUCUGUUGAUUGUGUAUAAUAAAUAUACAACAUGUACAUAGAAUACUACAAUAAAGUGUCAUACAUUACCA